AUGCCCAAAGAUAUCUACUGUCCAUAUAACAAUAUAAAAAUUAAACAAAAAAGGCCAAAAAGAGCUGCGUUCCCUACAGCCACUGUUCAGAAUGACAAAAUUUCAAAAAGAUUUCAGAAAGAAAGCCAAACAUUCAAGAAGUCAAUGCAACAAACAAAAAGGUUCACAGACCAUCAUCAAUCUAUACGUACUGAAGCACCAUUAUCGCACACGAGAGGAUCUCCUUUUCCUUUAUCCAAAAAUACAACCAAGGCCACGACCACGACCACGACCACAAUCUCAAACCCAAACCCAAACCCAAACCCAAAUAAAAAAACAAAUACAAAAACUACGACAAAUUCACUCAAAUCUUCUUCUUACCAACCUACUUUGGCUACUAAAGCAUGUGUUCGCACUCCUUCAGCACCACCUCCACCACCUCCUUCUAAUUCUCGUUCUCGUUCUUAUCCUUAUUCGCAUUCGCAUUCACAUUCUACCUUUGUGCCCUCAAAACGGCAUGCAUGGUCUGUUUUUGGUUUCAAUAGCCCAGAAGAAGAGUAUUCCGAAACCAACAGACGCACUUCAAUUCUAAGAUCAAUUCGUGAGGCUGGUGUCUGCCCUCAAAUACCUUCCAAACGAAUCAAGCGGCGUCAAGUAACAAGCCUGUCACAACAGCACCAGCAACGGGAGCCAGAGCAACAACCUUCGCCAAUUUCCUCAGUUUCACCAAUAUUCAAACCAGUAAAUUCCUCAGACAACAAACCUUUACCCUCCCCACAACCAUCACCAUGCAUUGAAAAAGAAAAAGCCCCGCCAAUUGAUUCACCACUCAUAACAUCUCCAAUCGAACAAAAAAUAUUUACAACAGACUACAUUAAAACAUUGUACACACUCAUGACAAACAAUGAAUCCCAAGAAACUGAAUCCCUUAAUAAUCUUCACCCUCUAACUUUGUCUUGUGUUGCCACAAAAAAAGAACAAAAAGAAAAACGAGUAGUGAAACUAGAGAAAGAAGAGGAAGAAGAGGAAUACGAAGAAGAGGAAGAGGAAGAAGACAAUGAAAAGGAUCGUUCGAGGUUGUGUGACGAGUAUGAUUCUUCAUUUACUACUCCAAAUAAAUUGCAUAUUCCUCUCCUACAUGAUGGCCCAGUUUCAAAACAAAUAUCUUCCGAUAAGAAAGCACUAGAGAGAGAAUAUUGGCGUCGACAACGUCGAGUAUUUCUUCGAACUCGAUUUAUCACUGACAAAGAAGCCACUUACAUUGCACGAAAAGUCUAUCACAAUACAACUAUAUCAAGUAAUUACCGUUUUAUCACCUCUUUUCUAUCAAAUAUGGCCAACUACCGGACAAAGUGGCGCAAAGGUCUCAAACGAAUUGCCAAGAAGCUUUCAGUGUCAAAAGAACAGGUGAUUGAUCAUUCAAUGCUAGAUUCUAUUUGGAAAUACUGGAUCACAGACCCGUAUGUCGACCCUGAUUUAUUUUACUCCAAUAAUGAUUCUGUGGCCAGACUAGCAGCAAUCACAGUUUGCGCAGUGUAUUUCACUCUGCGUGUUAUGCAUGGACACAUGAAAGAAGGACAAUAUCGAAAGGCCCUUAGAGAACUUGACAGCUUUGGAAUGACAUGCAGUAUUAGUUUGCCAGACCCAACACUAAAUGAAGAACAAUAUUAA